GUGCUGUGCUCUCUUUUGCUUGCCAUGACUCCUGCCAAGCAUGGUGCCAGAUCAUCAACGUGUCUGAGUCCUGCUCUUCUCUCCUUGCUUCUAUGGACGGGAUUCUCAACGAAACAAACCGGAGCGUUUCCACGCCUGCUGGAAGCAAAUAUCGGCUCUACAUUGGCUUGGCUUUGGCGAUAGGUUCCAGUAUCUUUAUUGGUUCUAGUUUCAUACUGAAGAAGAAAGGACUUCUGAAACUGGCAGAGAAAGGAGUCCCCCGAGCUGGACAGGGUGGAUAUUCUUACCUAAAGGAAUGGCUUUGGUGGGCUGGAUUGCUCUCAAUGGGAUUAGGAGAAGCUGUAAACUUUGCUGCCUAUGCCUUCGCACCUGCAACCUUAGUUACCCCCUUGGGUGCACUGAGCGUUCUCAUAAGUGCUAUAUUGUCAUCCUAUUUUUUAAAUGAGAAGCUGAAUAUUCAUGGAAAGCUGGGCUGUGUACUGAGCAUCUUGGGGUCAACGGUCAUGGUUAUUCACGCCCCUGAGGAGGAGGAGGUCACCUCACUAGAUGAGAUGGAAAGCAAGCUGCAAGAUCCAGUGUUUGUUACGUUUGCUGUUCUCCUAACAGUUGUUGCCCUCAUGCUGAUUUUUAUCGUGGCUCCAAGGAGGGGUCAGACAAACAUCCUGGUCUACAUUUCGAUUUGCUCGCUCAUCGGUGCCUUCUCUGUCUCAUCUGUGAAAGGCCUGGGCAUUGCCAUUAAGCAGAUGCUGGAGCGGGAACCAGUUUAUCAACAUCCAUUGGUUUACAUUUUGGUGGGCAUCUUGGUGCUCUCUGUCAGCACUCAGAUCACUUAUCUCAACAAGGCGCUGGACGUGUUCAAUACGUCUCUAGUGACGCCCAUUUAUUACGUGUGUUUCACCACGACGGUUGUGGCAUGCUCCAUCAUCCUGUUCAAGGAGUGGAGUAGUAUGGACCUGGGGGAUAUGAUUGGAACCCUGAGUGGAUUCUGCAGUAUCAUCGUAGGCGUUUUUCUACUGCACGCUUUCAAAAAUAUUAAUAUCACCUGGAGUCAGUUGAUGUCUACUGUUACCAAAGAACCAUCGUUACCGCACCGUGAAUACGGUCACACUUUACUGGAGAGCAUGGAAGACCCAGCUUUGGCGUAUGAGGAGGACAACGUGUUAUUCAGUCAAUGA